GAAAAACAAACUAAAUUGUGAAAAGACAAGGAACCAGUCUUUGGUUCGCUGCUCAAAUUUUCUUUUUGCUCCUCCAAACCCACCCCCACCCACCACCGAUCGCCGCCCGCCGCUGCUGUCUCCGGGGACAAUCUGUGUUCUCUUCCGGAGAAAAGAAGACUGACUUACCAUGGUGAAUAUUUAUUUGGACCCUGGAUCAUCUGCUCUUAGGAUCCUGGAACUUUUGUAUUGUUAGAUACCCCUUUUCUUCUGCCGUUGCCUAGUUUAUGCGUGAAAGUCAAGAUGCAGAAGAUUGGGAGUCUAUCCAAGAAUAGUUCUUUGAGAAUGACAACUCAGCAGUCUCUUCGUCGUCUCGGUCUCUGUUCCCAAGUAGCAACAGGACAACAGACAUCACCAGUUGUCUUUCCAGAAAAACGUAGUAGUAGAGGCAAGGCUGCAAGAACUGGUGACAUCAGUGUCAACAAUGAUGACCCUAAUAAAGCUAAGAGGGUGGAACACAGAAUUGAUAUUGGAGAUGAGCAGUCUGACUUACUGGGAUAUGAAGUACUCUCAGGGAAACUUUCCCUGGACAAAAGGAAAUCUAGUAAGGAUUCUGAGGUACAAACUUCAGAGAAUGCAAACUUGGAUGCAGUUGAUGCUAAACUGACAAGCAAGGCAUUGAUUUGGGGCUCUAAGAUGUUGCGUUUAGAUGAUGUGGUUUCGCUGUCCUACUGUGCUGGUCUUAGACAUUUUACAGUGCAUGCAUAUCCAUUAAGGAAGGCUGCAUGUGGCCUUUUUAUGAAAAGUGGGAGAAGCCGGAAAGACUUUCGCUUUUUCACUCCCACCUCAGAUGAUGCAAUUCAAUGGGUCAAUGCAUUUGCAGAUCAGCAGUGCUAUGUGAAUUGCUUGCCUCACCCUAUGGCUUCUAAAAAGCAGAGUUCAGAUUUGAUUUUCAAUGAAUUUCCUCUUGAGUCAUAUAUAAGAUGUAAAAGUCCACCCAAAAUGCUUGUCAUCUUAAACCCUCGGUCUGGACGUGGUCGCUCAAGCAAAGUUUUCCAUGGAUUGGUAGAGCCUAUAUUCAAACUUGCAGGAUUUGAGUUAGAGAUUGUCAAAACAACAUCUGCUGGUCAUGCUAGAAAACUUGCUGCUGGUGUUGAUUUCAGUACAUGUCCUGAUGGUAUUAUAUGCGUAGGAGGCGAUGGAAUCGUAAAUGAGGUUUUGAACGGUUUACUUAGUAGAGAUAACCAAAAGGAAGCAAUUUCAAUCCCAAUUGGAAUCAUACCUGCUGGUUCUGAUAAUUCUUUAGUCUGGACUGUUCUUGGUGUUAGAGAUCCAGUAUCUGCAGCAAUAGCAAUAGUUAAGGGAGGUCUUACUGCCACUGAUGUUUUUGCUGUGGAAUGGAUCCAUACUGGCGCUAUUCACUUUGGGAUGACAGUUACAUACUUUGGUUUUAUUAGUGAUGUAUUGGAGCUUUCUGAGAAAUAUCAGAAACGAUUUGGCCCUUUACGAUAUUUCAUUGCUGGUUUUCUCAAAUUUUUGUGCUUGCCGAAGUACAGUUAUGAAGUAGAAUAUCUUCCUGCACAGCUGGAACCUGGAGAUGCAAAAGCUUCAGCUGAUCAUGAAAUUAUAGACAUGUCAGAGCUGUACACUGAUAUCAUGCGGAGAUCAAGCAAGGAAGGCCUUCCUCGGGCCUCCAGCCUGUCGAGUAUUGAUUCGAUUAUGACCCCAAGUCGAAUGUCUGGAGCAGAUUUUGAUACCACUUGUAGUAGCACUGAACCAUCCGAUUUUGUGCGAGCCAUAGACCCAAGGUCAAAACGACUAUCAGCCGGAAGAAGCAAUGUGACAGCUGAACCAGAAGUUAUCCAUCCGCAACUGCCGCAUUCAGUCACUCCAAACUGGCCCAGGACUAGAUCUAAGUCAAGGACGGAUAAAGGUUGGUCUGGAGCGACUGCUACAAAUGAUCCCACUAGGACUUCCUGGGGAAACACAACAACAUAUGACAAAGAAGAUAUCUCGUCGACAUUGUCGGACCCUAAUCCUAUUGAGUUGCCAGGGCCUGCAGAGGACUCCCAAGCUGGUGACAAAAAGGAAAUUGCCCCCAGAUCCGAAGAGAAUUGGGUGGUAACUAAAGGUCAAUUUCUUGGUGUCCUCGUAUGCAAUCAUUCAUGCAAAACUGUGCAAAGUUUGAGUUCUCAGGUUGUGGCUCCCAAGGCCGAGCAUGAUGACAACACCUUGGAUCUGUUGCUGGUUCGUGGAAGUGGACGACUGAAGCUGUUGAGAUUCUUCCUGCGUCUGCAAAUGGGCAGACAUCUUUCCUUGCCAUACGUCGAAUAUGUUAAGGUGAAGUCGGUUAAAGUUAAACCUGGAAAGCACACAGACAAUGGAUGUGGCAUUGAUGGUGAAUUAUUCCCCUUAAACGGGCAAGUGAUCUGUUCAUUACUUCCGGAGCAGUGCAGACUUAUCGGCCGCUCUCCAUGUUCUCACAAGUGAUUGCUGCAGCUUCUUUUUCAUCUUUAAGAUUUCUUUGCAGCUUCUAGGAUGCUCUAUUACGCAUAUCGUGGUGCCAAAUGAUGAUGAGGCGGUAGUUUAGUCGGAGAUUUCAUUCACCUAGUCUGGUGAUCCCACCUUACCCGUUUGUUUUUCUUUUUUUUUUUUUUGACACAGUGUUGAGGUCCCUGUAAAUUUUUUGUCGAUGUUUUUGUUGCUUCAUUCUUUCUAAUUUGACUCCCAUUAUAUAUUACAUGUAUCCAGCCAGUUGCUGCGCAUAUGCUACUGUGUCCAAACUGGCUUUGUAUUGGAUGUAGUCCUGUGGAUCCUUUUAUCUCAUGUAUUGUAUAUCAGUUUGGUUCAGAUUUCCGA